CGGGGUGCCUGAGACGUAUAAAGCUGCAACAUGGCGACUCUCCGAAGAGACUACGGAGAGUGGCGAUACAACCGUUUUUAAAACAUAUAGUUACGCCUCGUGCAAUGUGGCGGGAUUAGCACAAGCCUCGACACCCACAACAUUGUAAACUAUGUUUGCAGAGGCCAGUCUGUCUGUGUGGGGAUGGGGGGGUCUAGGAGUGGUGCUGUUCCUCAUCACUUUUGGACCCUUCGCUGUCUUCUACCUGGCCUUCUAUAUCUUCUGCUUCGUAGGAGGUGGUUUUGCGGUCACUCUGUUGUUUGGGAAAACCAACUCAGAGAGACAUCUAGAGAGGUGUGAACACUCCUAUCUUCCGGCCACGCACACGGGUAUACUGAAGACAUUGGAUGAGAUGAGACUGGAGUCGAAGCCUAUACAGAUAGACAGGAGACUGACUGGCUCCAACUACAUAGACGAGCCUCUUCAACAGGUCAUCCAGUUUGCUUUGAGAGAUUAUAUCCAGUACUGGUAUUACACUCUGAGUGAGGAUGAUUCUUUUCUGCUGGAAAUCAGACAGACGGUCCAGAAUGCUCUGGUACAGUUCUCCACACGGUCUAAAGAGGUGGACUGGCAGCCUUAUUUGACCACCAGACUGGUGGAUGACUUUGCUACUCACCUUCGAGUCUUCAGAAAGGCCCAAGACAGACUGGAGGACAGUAAACAGAGGGACUUGUCGGAGGAGAUGGUGGAGUCAUUCUUUGAGGCGGAGGUGGAGAUGGAGAGGAACAUCUGUAGAGACGUGGUCUGCACCUCCCUGAAGGAUGAAGAAGGGUUCCUGAGGGAUCUGUGUGAGGUGCUGCUCUACCUGUUACUACCUCCUGGAGACUUCCACAACAAGAACAUGAGAUACUUCCUCAGGGAGAUUCUGGCGCGAGGCGUUCUCCUUCCCCUGGUCAACCAGCUGAGUGAUCCUGAUUACAUCAACCAGUUUGUUAUCUGGAUGAUCCGGGACUCGAGCUGUAACUACGAGGCUUUUAUGAACAUCUUGAAGCUGACAGAGAGAGUGUCUGAACUGGAGGCCGUUAAAGACAAGGCCCUGGAGGAACUACAGUACCUACGAUCACUGGACACCGCAGGAGACGAUAUCAAUGUAAUAAAGAACCAGAUCAACAGUCUGAUGUUUGUGAAGAAGGUCUGUGAGACCAGGAUACAGAGGCUACAGUCUGGGAAGGAGGUGGAUGCUCUGAAACUAGCGGCAAACUUGGGCAAGCUGUGCAUCAUACCACUGGAGCACAUUCUGGUACACAACAUCGCCCUGCAGUUCUUUAUGGACUACAUGCUGGUGGCUGGGGCCCAGGCAGAGCUGUUCUUCUGGCUGACAGUGGAGGGCUACAGAGUAACAGCCCAGCAACAACUAGAGGUGAUGGAGGGAUGGCAGAAGGAUGGAAGGAAGGGAGGAGACACUAAAGGACUGCUGAAGGCUGCAGCACUAGGGGUGUAUGAACAGUACUUAUCUGAUAAGGCGUCCCCCAGGGUGCAGGUAGAUGAGGCGUCUGUUCUCCAACUGGGAGAGAAGCUGCAGAAGGACAGCGACCCCACGCCAGAGAUAUUCGACGACAUCCAGACCAAGGUGUAUGACAUGAUGCUUCGUGAUGAGAGGUUCUACCCGUCGUUCAGACAGAGUCCUCUCUACAUCCGGAUGUUAGCUGAGCUGGACAUGCUCAAAGAACCCUCCUAUAGAGGAUCAGAUGACGGAGACGGAGAAUCGUUCAACGGUUCUCCAACAGGAAGCAUUCAUCUGUCUCUAGAUGACCUGUCGAACUCCUGCCAUGAUGACAAUAUACAGCUACACGCCUUCAUCUCUGAUACAGGGGUGUGUAACGACCACGGCAAGACCUACGCCCUCUACGCCAUCACUGUGUUGCGCCGUAACCACGACGGCAGCGAAGACUCCUGGAAGACCUACCGACGCUACUCUGACUUCCACGAUUUCCACAUGAGGAUCACGGAGCAGGUGAAGUUUGAGAAUUUGACGGCGAUCCUGAAGCUGCCGGGGAAGAAGACGUUCAACAACAUGGACAGAGACUUCCUGGAGAGGAGGAAAAAGGACCUGAACUCGUACCUACAGCUGCUGUUGAAUCCAGAGAUGAUGAAGGCCUGUCCUACUCUGGUUCACUACGUCUACGACUUCCUGGAGAAUAAACAGUACAGCAAGGGGAAGGGAGAUUUCGCUCGCAAGAUGGAUACGUUUGUGAACCCCUUGCGUAGCUCGAUGCGUAACGUGUCCAACGCUGUGAAGGGCCUGCCAGACAGUCUGGCUGGAGGGAUGAACAAGGCUGCUGACAACAUGGGACGCAUGUCAGAGAAACUGGGACAGGACAUAAAACAGGCCGUGUUCAAGGUGCCUCCAAUGCUCCCCAAGUCUGACUUUGACCCAGAGCACUGCCGAGUCUCGGCCCAGCUGGACGACAAUGUAGAUGAUAACAUCCCCCUGCGUGUGAUGCUGCUGUUGAUGGAUGAGGUGUUUGACCUGAAGGAGAGGAACCAGUGGCUCCGCAGGAACAUCAAGAACCUUCUGCAGCAACUCAUCAGAGCCACAUACGGAGACACUAUCAACAGGAAGAUCGUGGAUCAUGUGGACUUCAUGACAGCUCCAGAACAGGUGGCCGACUACGUCAAGAAGUUCCGGGAUUCGUACUGGCCCAACGGAAUCCUGGCCGAGUCUCCGCCACGCAGGGACAAGAACAUCCGCAUGAGGACGAGGGUCGCGGCCAAGACCAACCUAUUGGGAAUCAUGCCAGAUGAGUUGAAGCACAUCAUCGGGGCGGAUACGACUCGUAAGGGAAUCCUGCGUGUGUUUGACAUGUUCCAACACGGACCAAUGAAUCGUCGGCUGGUCUACGUGCUCCUAGAAGGCUUCCUGGAGACCCUGUUCCCUCACUACAAGUUCCCUGAGCUGUUUGUUAAACUCCACUCUCGCUCGCCGCGCACAGCCAGAUACACACAGAAAGUCAAGAGCAACUUCCCCAAGAGGUGACAGGAGACUGGAAGUGGGCAGGGUUACCGGGUGACACCCGGUGUCAGAGAAAAGAGGGAGGAGAGUUGUGGGGAGGGUGUGUGCUGUUGAGAAGAGGUUAACGUGUGUGUGUGUGUGUGUGUGUUCUGCCCUCGUUCGAAGGGAUUGUUGGGACCAUCCUAGUUGUUAACUCUGCCCUGCUCUCCACUUCCCCUACGUGCCUCACAAACACACUCCUGUAGCGUGGACAAACUGAUUUGGGUUUUAUUUGUUUUAUGCUAACUGUUUUAUUGUAGAUGUGUUGUCAGACUGGCACAGCUGCUCUGAUGAGAGCUGCUCUGAUAUGCCCAGCAGGUGAUCUCACUUCCUGAUACCAGGCCACGUAUACAGAAAUAGAUUGAUAGGGGAGGGGGGAAUAUGGCAUAGAGGAUGCCAUGGUUUGUGAGACAGAAAGCGUCAACCACAUCCGGUUCUGCAAGGCGUUUGUUUGUCACGUUUUUGUUGGCUUUUUCUUUUUUUGUGUCAAUGUGACGUCAUAAUCCUCUAGAACACGAGGAGGCUGAGUUUGAUCUAAAGUCCACUCCCCCUUUUUAAUGCGCCUGUCAGUAGCCAUGACAACCACAGCUCUAACUGUUUUUGUUUGUUUGUUUACGGGGAUGAUGGACAGCUCUACUGUGCUUCAUGUUCAUGGAAAGCAGGAUAUGAACAGCUCCCCUGCCGGUGAGGGUAAAUGUGAAAGGACCCGUUCUAAUGGACUGACACAGUCUCAUAGUAAUCCACUACAUUUUGGAAUGAGACAGAAUGAAAUGACAGGCCAGACUGUGAAUGUUGCUGUCUGUAGAGUAGAAUGUACUCACUGGGCGUGUGUGUGUUUGAGAAUGUGUGUGUGUUUGAGAAUGUGUGUGUGUUUGAGAGUGUGUGUGUGUUUGAGAAUGUGUGUGUGUUUGAGAGUGUGUGUGUGUGACACAGUCUUUGUGUGUGACACAGUGUUUGAGAGUGUGUGUGUGUGCGUUUGAGAGUGUGUGUGUGUGCGUUUGAGAGUGUGUGCGUUUGAGAGUGUGUGUGUGCGUUUGAGAGUGUGUGUGCGCGUUUGAGAGUGUGUGUGUGUGUGUGUGUGUGUGUGUGUGUGUGUGUGUGUGUGUGCAGUAAGAUGCAGCCCUCCCCAGUCAGACACUGUGCCAGUGUGCUGCCCAUGCUAUAGUAUCAUACCACUAAGUAACAAAGAGAAAACACACUGAUAUCCCUGCUAUAUCACACUUUCAUUCAGAGAAAAUUUCAUUUUGUGCAAUAUUUUUAUUUGACGCCUGAGUUUUUGAAUAAUUGUAUAAAAAUGGAAAAGUAUACCGUUUUGGAAAAAUUGUAUAAAAGGUGAAAGAAUUCUUCCCCCUUCCCAAUGAAAUUCUAACCCUACAUUCCGUUGUAACAAAAACAAACAUCUACAUUUAAUUGCAGACUCGUUUUAUACGUCUUUUUUUAAUUAUUAUUUUACUCCUGAUGAAUGUGGUUUCCAUGCCGAUGUGUCAGCAAGAGUGAUCUAGCCAGUCGAGCUAAAGCCUCUGGAUAGAAAGCUAUAGUUCAUUGGUCUAGAGAUAUGGUGGAAGGGCUUAUUAUGCAUAUGAACCUGUUGAUUGGAGAGUGAACAGGAAUUAUUCACUGUUGUAUGAACCAAUGACAGGAGAGACGUUGGGUCAUCUGUCCAAUCAAAUCGCAGGAAAGCCAUGUUUCUGUAGAAUCACUGCUAAAUAACGCUUAGUACCGGAGUUCUUUCAUUCGCCGAACAGAGCUCCAUUCCACUGCUGCCAUUGGAUGGAACUGUCCCUCUGCUGUGAUUGGCUGGCACUGAACAGCUCUAGACUGUGAUUGGCAGUGUGAGGACAUGAAUUCUGAGCUGUGUGACUUUUUAAAAGGAAGUGGAUAUUUGUCCGCGGACAAGGGAGGUGACAAGGGGAACCCCACAGGACUUCAUCUUUAAAGCCUCCAUUCGGGAUGUCUCGGCUAUUGAUGUCCACAGGGUUUACCCCGCGUCAAUGUUUUCCUGCGUUGGAUUAAUCAAUAAAUGAACGGGGCACAGAAUCUAACAGAGGAACACAAUAUGAGACAACACUGCAAGCAUCAUGUACAUUUGAAUGAAGCGUUGCUAUGAAAAGCCGGGAUCUCCUAGUACAUUAUGAAUCUAUGAUAAUGAACCAUGUGCAUAUCUGUGUACAGUAUGUGUCUAUAGUGUGCCUAAAUGUUCCGUUAACUCUAUUUUCAUAUUGUUCAUUAACAAAAGGCUGAGGAUCAAAAAGAAUGUCAUGGUCAUUUUAGACUGAAGAGAACUCUAAAGACUCUGGAGCCAGAGAACUCUAAAUACUCUGGAGCCAGAGAACUCUAAAGACUCUGGAGCCAGAGAACUCUAAAGACUCUGGAGCCAGAGAACUCUAAAGACUCUGGAGCCAGAGAACUCUAAAGACUCUGGAGCCAGAGAACUCUAAAUACUCUGGAGCCAGAGAACUCUAAAGACUCUGGAGCCAGAGAACUCUAAAGACUCUGGAGCCAGGGGUAGGUUCUAGAAGCUGGGGUGGUCAUCCCUCCUCCUGGAGAACUUUUUCUCCAACCCUGCUCUAUUCUAACACACCUAAUUUAACCAAUCAAGGUGUUGAGGAGGAGCAGCAGCAGCUGUUUAGCAGGACCAGGUGUGUUAGAGCAGAAUCCUGCUCAGGAUGGGUAGCUCUCCAGGAGCACAGUUGGAGACUCCUGUUCUGGGGUCUUUUUUUUUUGCAUCAUGCUUAUCAAACUAUUCCUUUGGAAACGCUGAACUCAGAUCAGCAUAACACUAAUAAUAAAAUGGUAACUGAC